AGCAAUUUCUCUUCCAAAUUUCCUUUUCAUUUUGCAUACUUGAUUUCUUUUAGUUUGAAGGGUUUCCUUCACCCCUUCACAAAUAUGUCUCUCUCCAUCUUCCUCCUUUGGAUGGUUAGCAUCCCCCUUCUGGUCCAUUCUGACACUGCUCAACUUAGAGGCCUGUUGAUAAGCUGUGGCUCCUCGCAAAAACAAACGAUGCCAGAUACCAACCUCACAUACAUUCCCGACGACGGCUUCGUAUUUGCAGGAAACAAGACGUCUCUCAACCAGACAGGGUUGCUGCCGAUUCUAUCAACGCUGCGAUAUUUUUCUCAAAGAUGGGCAAGAAAAUUUUGCUACACCUUCCAGGUAGUCAAAGGAGGGAAAUAUCUGGUGAGGACGAUAUACUUUUACGGAGGCUUCGAUGGAGGGAAAGAGCCGCCAGUGUUCGAUCAGAUCAUCGGAGGGACAAAAUGGAGCACGGUGAACACGACUGAGGAUUACGCCAACGGAUUGUCCUCGUAUUAUGAGAUCAUCGUUAGGGCUCAUUUGAAGACGCUGAGUGUUUGUUUUGCGAGAAACAGGCACACGGCGAAGAAUUCCAGUCCCUUUAUAUCCGCCAUUGAAUUGCUUACUCUCGAGGAUUCCAUGUAUAAUGCAACUGAUUUUGAUAGCCUAGCGCUUGUUACUGUUGCAAGGAGUUCGUUCGGAAGUGAAGAUAGCAUCAGCUUUCCAGAUGACCCAUAUUACCGAUUCUGGCAACCAUUCACGGACAAGAACGAGGUCGUUUCAAGCCAAACGAAAGUAACCACUUCAGAGUUUUGGAACAAGCCGCCGGAGGUAAUAUUUACCAAGGCAAUCGCGGCGGGUGCGGGGAAGGAACUCGAAAUCUCAUGGCCGCCGGGAUCACUUCCGGCCACCAAAUACCACAUCUCGUUGUAUUUCCAGGACAAUCGGUCGCCGGGCGACGAUGCAUGGAGAGUGUUCACUGUCGAGAUAAAUGGGAAGGCUUUUUACAACAAUGUAAAGGUGUCGACCGGCGGCGUGAGCAUUUAUUCGCCAGGAUGGCCGCUGUCGGGGCAGACCCAAAUCAGCUUGAGUCCCGACGCUAAAAGCUCCGCUGGGCCGUUGAUCAACGCUGGUGAAAUUUAUCAGAUUUUGCCUUUCGGUAGGAGGACUCUUACGAGAGAAGUGGGGGUAAUGGAGGAGUUGGCAAGAGGUUUUGAUCAUCCACCAGCUGACUGGGCAGGCGAUCCAUGCUUGCCCAAGGACAACUCAUGGACCGGAAUCACUUGUUCUGAAAAAGAUAUGCGCACUAGAAUCAUCUCUGUGGAUCUUAAAAAUGCCGGCGUAGGUGGCAUUCUCACUCCCUCUUUAAACGGUUUAACUGAACUUCACCAUUUGUGGUUAGGGGGGAACAAUAUCUCGGGUUCAAUCCCUGAUUUGAGUUCGUUACAAAUGCUCGAAACUUUGCAUUUGGAGAACAAUAGUUUUACUGGGAAGAUCCCCGAAUCAUUAGGCCGACUUCCCAAUCUCCGUGAAGUACUCCUUCGGGAUAAUAAUCUUGAGGGUUCCAUUCCAAGCAACCUUGUGGACAAGAAGGGCCUAAGACUUGAGGUGACUCCUGGAAAUAAUUUAUCUACGAAUAAUUAGAACGAAAUAAAUAUUUAACAGGGACGAAAGUUCAAGCGCCAAAUGAAUGAUCCAAC